AUGCAAUUUCAACCGUCAGUACAACCGUCAGUGCAAUCUCAAGCCUUGGCUUCUUCAUCAUUUCAGAAAGACCCGACCAACACCACAAUACUCUCUUCUCAAACUGAUGUUUUGACUCCAGUCUUCUCCUCUUCAGUGGGCUCACAUUCCACCAUUCCAACGAUCCAUGAAUUUGAAGAAUUGAAAAAGAAGUAUGAAAAAAUUGUCGACAUUAAUCAUGAUCUCCAAUUCAAUAUGAAAAGGAUUCAACGAGAAUUGGAACAAGAGCUUCCUUCAUAUACCAGCACACGGAAAUCAAGGAAACCACUCGCCAGUGGAGCAACAUUUUCAAUACUCACAAAUAAUGGCCGAACUUGA